GCUCACUAUAAAAGGCGGGCCUCUCCACUAUCUGCACAGUUACCAUUUAUGAACCCGGCAAAUGGAAUAUAGAAAGACGUUAAGGCGUCAGUUUUCUACAUAGACUUAGAUAGACUCUUCUAUCUUUUUUUAAAUUUUGUUAUUUUUUUUUGUAUGCAGUAAUUGUUAGACGAGAACAUGCAUCCAGACUCCAGCUCUGAGUUCGACUCAUCGUCCAGCUGUAGCACAGCAUCGCCUGGCGGGGACACCCCUGGGUGCAGCCAGCAUCCUCCUGACUCGCUUUCAUCAUCAGUGGACGGCGCCAAGCAGGAUAUUGAGACCAGUGUAGCAGACUCCUUUGUUCCGACUGUGACUGCAAUCUCAACCUCGCCGGGUCUGAGGUGGAUGGUGCAGCCGGUGCAGACAGUCAUCACAUCUGGCUCACCGUCGUCCGGACGCGCCAAGAGCAAAACUCACGGCGGGAGCCAGUCGUCUUCCCCGGCAGCCGCGAGCAAGGCGAAGCCCUCCAACAGGAAGGGGCUGAAAGACAAGCCCUCCAAAGAGGAAGAAGAGAGGAGGAGGAUCAGGAGGGAGAGGAACAAGAUUGCUGCAGCCAAGUGUCGUAACAGACGGAGGGAGCUGAUAGACACACUGCAAGCUGAAACCGACCAGCUCGAAGACGAGAAGUCUGCCCUCCAGACAGAGAUAAAGGACCUGCUGAAAGAGAAGGAGAGACUGGAACAGGUCUUAGCCUCCCACAAACCAUCCUGCAAGCUCGACGGCCACGAUGAGAAAGAGGAGGAGGAGGAGGAGGAGGAUAAUGGUGAUGAUGUUAACACAAUGCUGCAGGAUCCUCCGGCCUCCCCAGAGCUGCUGUCCAUCUUGGAGAAUGGAAAGACCCCAGAGAGCGCCACAGAAGCUCCUAUAUGUCAAGAGAUGGACAGUGAACCCUGCAUCCCUGCUGCAGCCAUCUUGGGGAACUCCAACAUCCUCCUGUGUUCGAGCGCAGAGGAGGAGGCUCUGGAGGACUUAAAAGGAGAUGACCUGGACGACUUGGUGCCCAGCCUUGAGAUGACAGUGUCUCCUGAGAUGGCCGCGUCGGUCCCAGACAUAGACCUGAGCGGCCCCUUCUGCCUCUCAGACUGGGAGACCCUGUACAAGUCUGUGGCGAACGACCUUGAAUCUCUGAGCACACCAGUCAUGUCUUCCAGCCCCACUUGUAGCAACUACCGCACAGUGUUCUCCUUUAAUUACUCUGAGAUUGAUUCCUUGGCUGAGGGCUUGGAGAGCCUCAAAGGCAGCCUUGGUGCAUCUGAGCUAAUGAAAGAUAGUCUUAACUCUCCGACACUUCUGGCUUUGUGAAUGCAAAGAAGAUUAUGCAAUGCAAUGAUACUGUAAUUGUAUUCCAACCAGCCAGCAAGCAAGCUAUGAUCCCUCUCUCAAAUAAUCUUUUGUAGUGUGAGUUUUGAUGUUGUGUAAACCCUAAACAUCAAAGGUUGUGUUGACGACAUGUUCUUGUGGCUGUGCAAGGGUUGACUUCUUCCAUACAGCUGGUGCAAUCCUGCGAGAUAAGACUUUGUGCUGGUAACAAAAAUGCAUGCAAAUACGAGUCAUCCGUAAUCAAAGAAGAGGUGGUAUCUUGUGUUUCUUAAAAAAAAAAAUCCCUAAAUGUGAUGUGAAGUUAGAUCAUGCUCAGUAGCCUAAUGUGUGUGUAAUACUGUUGACAAAGUUGUGUUGUAACAAGUGAAACUAACAGGGUUACUAACGUGUAGUGUGUAGGUGUAACAUCUUGCUGUAAGGUGUCCCCUAACUUGACAUUUUGCUCUCGAGUGUUUCCAUGAAAAUAAAAGAUCACGUCAUGUAUUUUAUCAAGAUGUAUUUUAUGACAUAGUUUAUUUUUUUACUUUCGAAAAACGAUCAGAUGCAAAAAGUUGUAUAACGCUGGAAAUAAAAUAAGACAAGCGCAAAAGAUUUCUUGCCUUUGUCGUCAUUCAUUCGGGGAUAUUAAUUUGUAGCAUUCACACCAGAGGGUUCAUUGCUCCGCAGAUUACAAUUAGCUAUGGAUCGGCCAAUGUUAUUAGCCGAUAUUGGCGUAUUACAAAUAUAUUGGCAUGCUGUCUUUGUCUUUUACAUAGAAUGUAAUGUACAAAAAGGUGCACAUGAAGUUUCAGACUGAUGUCAUUAUGGACAUUAACAGUAUAUAAAAUUAUAAAAUAUCCUGCCAGCAUUAUAUGUUCAUAUAUUUGUCGCAAGUGUUUGAUAACAACAUUUUUAGGGAUCAUUGCAAAAUAUGUGAGAUGAUGUAUAUAAUGUGGUUGUGCAUAAGAAUAUUGGCCGAUAUAGCAAAUAUCUAUAUUUACCAACUCCACCCAUGUUGUGUGGACUGCAGAUGUUCAAAUGACAUUUUUCUUCAAUCAAAGGUCUAUACAGCUUCUCAACUGCUCUUUGUCUGCUGAGGAAGAUCAUGUAAUAUGUUUGAAAGCUCCAAAACAGUUACUUAAUGGACCUUGUAGUCAGAGAUUUCCUCAACUGUGUUUUUUCAAGGUGGGAACCUCAACUUUUAAGCCAACAUGCAACAGAGGACGUAAAGUGUCCACGAAGAAAAAGAAACUUGAUAAUCUACAUUUUCGAGCAUCUUUUAAAGAGGAUCAUGAGAUUUGAUCAAAAGCUCCUGCAUAGCAACAUAAUGGAUGUCGUGAUGAGAUGUUAAAUUUUUCCUGACCAUUUCUCAUCUUCUCUGAGUCUCUUCA